AUGUUUCUCAUCAUUAUUAUUGUUAUCGCUCAUCGACCAUGUCGUACAGUUGCAAAUCUUCUUACAUGUAAUACCAGUAUUAUCACUGGAGUCUAUUUCAUUAGCAAUCUUAUCUUAUCGAUCUAUGGCUUACACGAAGAUUGGGCAGUCAAUCAGCUGGUAUGUACUUUUCGAGCAUACUCGUUUCUCAUGGUACGCGGUUCCAUUUGUUAUGCCUAUCUUAUUCAAGUUAUUAGUCGUCUCCUGUUUACCGUCUUGUCCAAAUAUAAAUAUUUAGUUACUUAUCGUGUUCAUUGGAGUUUUAUUGCUUUGAAUUGGAUUAUUGGUAUCUUAUUUUCCAUUGAACCGUUCUUCUUUGAUGGUGGUUUCGGAUUCGAAAAAGAAUCACGUCUUUGUAUACUGACUUCAAAAACCAUUUCAACAUUUAUCUAUGGUAUUGUCGUCGAAUUUAUGGUACCAUUGAGCAUUUCAUUUGUUAUUUAUGGUAUCAUUUUUCAAGGAGUUCAUAAAUCACCUCGAAGAAUUUUUGUUUCGACAUCAGAAACCGGAACUUCUCAAAUGCCUAGUGCUAGAAGUGAAAUAAAAAUCAUAAAAAAUAUGAUUAUGUUAGAGGGUAUAUUUGGAGCUGGGGGAAUACUAUUUUUAACUCUUGUUCUUUGGCAUAUACUACUACCGAGUAGUUCACCAUCAGAAGCAUUGUAUUUUUUGAGUAUUAAUUCAAUGUCGUUAUCUAUUGGUCUUAUGAUGAUUGCGAUAUUUGCUUUGAAUAAGCAAGUGAAAAACAUUGCUCUUGUGUAUAUAAGAUCUGAUCGUCAACGUAUUCAUCCGAUAGUCACUGGUCGACAGCAACAGUUACAGUUAACGAGAAAUUGA